AUGGACGAACGGAAGCGGACAUUAAUUCUGACAAACGCCGUGCUCUCCUUCUUCACCAACCUCGUCUUACUGUACUUUAUCGCGCGUCACUCACGACGGCAUAUUAGUGGCUACAAGUUUCUACUCGCAAUUUUUGCUCUAUUCAAUAUUUGUUUUGCUGUUACGCAGGCGACCGUCCUACCUGCAUUCCACGUGUAUCGCUACGGGUGGAUACUAUUUCCGACGGGUAAAUUAUUCGCAGGGAGCCCGGAAUGGGGAUUUUGGUCAUGUGCGGCGUAUUGUAUGAUGUACAACCUCUGCCUUGUUCUCCUCACAUAUCACUUUGUAUAUCGAUUUGUACUGAUUUGCCGUGAAGAAUCUCAUCAUCACCUACGAAGCCGCCCAAUUUGCAUAUUGCUUUUUAUUGGCUGGCUUUUGAACGGGGUUCUCUGGGGCGUCGUCUGUCGGGUGACGAUGUAUCAGUGGAAGGAAACUCGGGACUAUAUGCAAUUUUCCUUGCUGAAUGAAUACGGGCUAGAUUCCGCGGCCACGCCGAUGUUGGGCCCGAUAUAUUUUUUCGACAAUCCGGACGGUACGAGACGGACGAAUUGGUUGUCCUGUCUGGGCUCUUUUUAUUGUGUCUCGCUGAUGACGGGCUGUUUCUCGACGAUCCUUUACUGCUCCAGAAAGAUUGACGCUGUCCUAUGGAAAAGCCGGAUGAGCGAGCGGGCCCGGCGACUUCAGAAGGAUCUUUUUAAAGCUUUGUUAAUACAGCUCAUCGUUCCCGGAAUCUCUAAAUUCUUGCCCGGGACCUGUAUGUUCACGUUUCCGCUUUUUGGCCUAAACACGGGAAAACUGGCCAACUACGCAGCAGUGCUCGCUUCCUUUAAUACCGUACUCGAACCGAUAUUUCUACUGUAUUUCGUCAAGGACUACCGCUACGCGAUAUUACGGCUGGCUGGCAAACGUGAUAGCAGCGGAACGUACUACAUCUCGGAGACGGGCGAGAAGAUUGAGCGCAGUCUCACGUAUUCCCAGAAACCGAUGUCGCCGAGGACGGCGACAAUGUUG